AUGCUUCUGAUUAAAGCUCCUCAUUUGGCGGUGUCAGCUGGGCGGACCGGCCAAGGUCUACGGCUACUCCAUGUUAGCACGAGGCCCAGUAGUCGGUUAACGCUCAAUCAUAGCUCAUUGCCACGAAAUGCGUCUUUUUGCAGACCAUCACCGGUCUCGGUAGUUUAUCCGCCUACAGAGUUCUUUUCAUUUCGGAGCCCAAGUCUUCGUCGUUGUAGGGCCCUAGGCUCAAAGUCAGCGGUUGGGGGACAGACAAGAUGGCUCUCGUCCCAGAAAGAAGACGAGUCCAAGGAUCAUCCAAGAAAAGGACCCCAGACCACCACACAGCGCAUCUUGUCAAAGUUGCCGGUGGUCAAAAGCCAUGAGAACAUCUACACCAUUCCCAAUAUUCUGACAUUCUCUCGACUGGUCGCAGCACCAGUGGUUGGAUAUUUGCUGGUGCAUGACUAUCAUGCAGCUGCUCUCUCCCUCUUCGCUUACGCGGGCAUUACUGAUCUUGUUGAUGGAUGGAUUGCACGCAAGUAUCACCUGCAGACUGUUGUGGGUACUAUCAUCGACCCAAUGGCGGACAAGCUACUCAUGACGAUUGGAGUAGCCUGUCUGGCCACCAUGGCCCGGUACUGGGACUUUUCACUGCCUUCUGCUGAAGUAAAGCCGACCGAGAUCUCAAAGAUCAACACUGCUCUUCAACUCGUUCUCGUGGGUAGUGCCAUUGCUUUGCCAGUGGUUCCAGAAGCAAUCAUCAGCACUUGGCAUCUCAGUGAAGCUAUGACUGGAUUUCAAUACCUGGUCGCUGCAACCACCGUGUGGUCGGGACUCAGCUAUGUCUUCUCGAACAAUGCUGUGAAGAUCUUGACUAAGGAGGAAAUUCAAAAGCGCAUUGCGCAAGCCGAAGCCAAGCGUAAGCACUGA